AUGAACAACGGCGGCACUCAAUACGAAUGGGCCAAAACCAUUCCGUGCAGAAACAUAAAAAUACACGGCUUCUGCAAAUGGGAGAAAAAAGGCUGUUCGUUCAACCACGACGAUCCCUCCAAGAAAAACGUAAGCGAGGUCAAAUCUUCUCCGCAGACCGCCAAACCAGUAUCAGAGCCAAUGUCAGCAUCCACCACACUAUCAUCAGAAAGCCUGUCGGGAAGCAAGGCGGGUCUCACGCCCUCCAAGCCAAGCGUCACUGGAUCCUCGCCUUUGGCAGUGCAAUCUGAUACUGCCGAUUCCGGGGCACGCAAGAAGUUUAACAUCCAUACUCCUUCGUUCACGCCGACGGGGUCGCUAGUGAACAAGUUCGCUGACCUGUCCUCGAAGCUCGAUGACAUACCCAGCUUUUCUCCAUCGGGCAAUGUCGCCGCUCCGUCUUCGGCUGGUGUUCCAUUCGACCCACAGUCUGCCCCAAUUUUCACACCGGGGAUGCCAAUCGGUGAUCCUGCCCGCUCUUCCGCGGAGCAAGAACCAUUUUACCAGCAAACAAACCCAUUCCCGAUCAACUACCAUCUGUAUGCUGGCCAGCCGCCUCCCCACGUUCAGCAUCAUCUCAAGCCCCACGAAAGAACCGUCGCCGACCUCUUUAUUCCAAACGACCUGAGAGAGGAGAUACAAAAAAAGAACGAGGAGUCGCUCAGAACCAUUUCCGCUGCGCAGUCUGGCCUUCCGAUCCACAUUAAUCAGUACCACAGUCUGUGUCCCAUAGACCAGAACUUUGAGACCAGCGCGAAAUCUUUUGGAUACACGUCUUCAGUUUAUAAAGUCAUGUCGAAUCUAGACGGCAAAUUGUACACUAUGAGACGAUUGGAGAACGUACCUAUUUCCUCGGAGUCGUGUUUCCGUUCUGUGAACAAAUGGCGAUCUCUGAACUGCGCCAACGUGGUUAAGUUGUACGAAGUGAUGACUACGCGGGAAUUUGGCGACAACUCUUUGGUGCUCAUAUACGACUACUAUCCGAUGUCACGAAAUCUGUUGGAAGCUCAUUUUUUCAAAAUAGGAGACAAGGAUCCCGAGCUGAUAACAGAGCCGUUAUUAUGGAACUACUUGGUGCAACUCACAAACGCAGUGAGCGAAGUCCAUAAAGCAGGUUUGGCUGUGAGGGUUUUCGAUCCGACAAAAAUCAUAGUGACCAACAAGGCCCGCAUAAGGCUGUCUGCCUGUGGGGUGUACGAUAUAUUGGAGGCAGCAUCGAAAGAAGGUUCAACGGAAAGCCUCGAACAGCUUCAAGCACGCGAUAUGCAGGGAAUGGGUAUUCUGAUCUACGAUUUGGCAAAGUCCCUUGUUUUCGCGAAAGUGCAAAACCUCAGUGUGGAGGAAGGUAUUCCCAAAUUAACGGUUUCUGACAAACUAAAGUUUGUUCUCAAGAAACUCAUUGAAAAUGAACUCUCCGUUCAGCAGCUCCAACAGCUGAUUGCUCCAGAAAUACUUUCGGUUAUGAACGGUGUGCAAGAUUCUGCAGAUUACAUGGAGGCAUGUUUAUCGCGUGAAGUUGAAAAUGCUCGUCUCGUUCGUCUUUUCGCAAAAUUAGAUUUUAUCUGUGACCGUCCGGAGUUUGUCAAAGACGGGUCGUGGUCUGAAACUGGCGAGCGCUACCCAAUCAAGCUAUUCCGCGACUACGUGUUCCAUCAGGUUGACGAGAACGGGAAGCCUGUACUAGAUCUGACGCAUGUGAUCAAUUGCCUGAAUAAACUCGAUGCUGGCAGCAAAGAGACUAUUCUGCUCGUGUCGCCAGAUGAAAUGAGCUGUCUUAUUGUGAGUUAUGAGACCCUGAAGGAACUGGUGGAAAAAAGUUUUUGUCAACUACGCUCCUAA